UUGCCUUCAAGGAGACCUUGGGAAAGAGGCGCGGAUGAGACGUGCGGGAUCGGUCCGGCGACUUUCCGCUCCUGAUUCCUAUAGUGACAGUAAGAUGGCAACUCCCUACAUGGAGUUGUUAGAACUGUCCCAAUGUCUGAGAAAAGAAAAACUGUUUGUGGAGUCAGAAAAGGCACAGAUACAAGACUUGAACAAAAAGGUGAUGAAAGCUGUAGAGGACCUGUACCACUUGUCAUGGAUCACCCGCCAGCAACAGAUCAACCUGGAGGGACUGAUCUUGUCCCGGGCUGGCAUCACGCCAGCAGUCUGCUGCCGACGUGACUCGCACCUGCAGUCGGCACAGUUUGUGGACAGCUACAGACAGCUGGGGCCCAUUGACCCUUUCUACUCGGAACUGCUGCAGCAGCUGCGCAGCAACCCUGCGCUGGUGGCGCGCCUGCUGCUGUUCGGCGAGCGCUCCGACCCUGCCCAGGUCACCACGCUCGUCGACACCAUCUACUCGGGUGUCUACGGCAACUGUAUCCUGCAGGAGGACCAGCUGAGCGUGCUGCAGGUGCUGCGGCAGCUGAUGGUGACGCAGGUGGUGUGCGCCGAGGCACCGCAGCGGCUGCUACGGCGCGGCUCGUGCGUCUUCAGCCGCGUCUACAAGGCCUUCUGCGAGGGGCUGUUCGCCGCCAAGCUGUUCCUCACCGCCGCUCUUCAUCAGCCCGUCAUGCAGCUGCUCAUGGACGACGAGUGGUUCCUGGACAUCGACCCCAACAAGGUGGACGAGGGCCUGUCGGCCGAGGAACGGACGGCACGGCUGGGUCGGCCGGCGGUGGGCGGCGCCGACGGCCGCGCGCGCUACCACGCGGCCGUGGCUGACCGGCUGGCGCGGCUGACCGAGCGCUUCGUCACGCACAUCGCCGACAACGCUGCCUGCUUCCCGCCCAGCCUGUCGUGGGUGGUGCGCACCCUGUACCACCUGCUGGUCAGGGAGGACCGCUGCAGCGCCGACCAGGUGAACGCCAUCUGCGUAGACCUGCUGUUCGCGUUCUUCAUCUGUCCGGCGGUGGUGGACCCCGUGCAGUACGGCAUCCUGGAGGCCCCCGUCAGCCCGGCGGCGCGGCACAACCUGAUCCAGGUGGGCCAGAUCCUGCAGGUGCUGGCCAUGAACCAGUGGGAGGAGGUAGACCCCCGCCUGCGUCCCUUCUACGACAGGUUCGACAAGGGCAGCGUCUCGUCACUGUUGGGCUGCAUCCUGACUGGCGGGCCGCAGGAGGGCCCGCCCGCGGAGCAGGAAACGCGGCCGGCCGGACCGCUCCAGCACGAGAGCCGGCUGGUCGGGCUCAGCCGGUCGGCCGUGCUGAUCACCCGGGACCACCUAGACCACCUGGUGGGCCUGCUGCGCCAGAUGGCCGCCGAGACCUCGGAGCCGGCCGAGCAGCGGCUGCUGGUGCUGGUGGUGUCGCUCAACACGCCCGGCGUCUGCCCGGGCAUGGUCGGCGAGCUAAAGGCGCCGGCCGAGCCGGACGAGGCCGCCAGCCAGGUGUCCAGUUCGGGGCCCGAGCCGGCCGGCAAGCGCACGCGAGCAAGCCUCAGCCACGACGGCUCCAUCGAGGCGGCCAGCAACGUCAGCGACAGCGACGACUCGAGUCUGGAGGACGCCGAGCAGUACAAGGACGACAACCUCAGCGACAUGGUCUCGGCCAACGUGUCCGGACGGGAGACGCCCAACGUGUCCGGCCGCAACACGCCGUCGUCUCAGGUGACGGACGAGGCGGACACGCUGCCGAGCGGCGGCGAGCGGCCGGGCGGCGGCCGCGCCGCUCCGCACCCGCCGCCCGCCGCCAAGCCGCCGGCCACCGUCAUCGAGGACAAAUUCGGCAAGUUCAACAUCAAGCCACUCAAUGAAGGCGACGAGACGGUGUCGAUGGUGUCUGACACGUGGAGCACGGACGUGCUGGCCAGCGACACGGAGACGGUGGAGCAGGCGGACGCGCCGCUCACCUCGCGCCAGCUGCUCGAGCUCUGCACGGGCGGCGUCGGCCUGGAGCCCAGCGAGACGGCCUCGGAGGCCUGGAGCACCGACGUGCUGGCCUCAGACUCGGAGCGGGACCGGCUGGCCGAGGUGGACGCCGACGACUCGGCCAGCGUGGCGCGCUCCGACGACACAGCGCGCUCGGAACGCCCCGGGCAAGGCUCGGAGCCGGCGCUGCGGCCGGCCGCCGCCACCGGCGCCAUUCCCAAGUCGAUCAGCUUCGACAAGACGGCCGAGCGCGGCGACCGGCGCGCCGCCGACGAGCAGGCGCGCCGCGGCUUCUUCAAGAACCUCAAGCUGCCGUUCAAGAGCCGACGCAAGGGCUCGCGCGAGCUCGUCUCCGACAGGCUGGAGCGCGGCUCCGGGGACGGCCGUGAGGUCCUCGGCGACCGGAAGGGGGCGGAGUCGGCCGAGACGUCCGACGACAUCCUGGCCAAGUAUCGACGCAAGACGCCGGACGCGGCCGCCCAGACGCGCUCGGGCGCGACGCUGGUCGAUGGAGCGACUGAGGACGAGGCAGCCGCCGACCUGGUCCGCCUCACAAUCGACCCCAACAACGUGGAGGCGUCGUACGCCUUCUCCGACGCCAAGCGCAAACUGCGCCGCGUUCUGUCCGCCGCCAACGUGCAGACCUUUCCCUGGCGGCCGCAGCCGGGCCGGGACGAGUCAGGCGCGCUGCUGUCCUUCCUGCGACUCCAGCUGUCCGAGUACAUCAGCCUGCAGGACCACGCGCUGAUGGCGCAGCUGCACGAGACCGUGCGCUGCGUGUCGCUGUUCGACGCCGCCGGCCAGCUGGCGCUGCUGCGCUCGCUGCGAGAAGACUACAGCGGCCGCGCGCCCUACAUCGCCUACCUGGUCCGCUGUCGCGACGGCCUGCUGGACACGCUGGCGCACGUGCAGCUGACGGUGCGCCACGUGCGCCGCGACCAGACGGUCUGCACGCGCGCACUCGUCGACAAGUGCGUGCUGCUUUUCCUCGAGCGGCACAAACAGACUGUGCACCGGUUCCAGGCGAGCUUCCAGCAGGCGGCCGCCUCUGACGAGAAGACAGACCUGGUGGCGCGCUUCCUGGCGCACCUGGGCGACGAGCUGCUGCGGGACCCCGACUGGCAGGCGGCCGACGACCACCAGCUGCACCUGGCCCGCGAAGCCAUCGAACAAAUGGUCAUGGCGCAGAUCUACACGCUGGCGCUGUACCCAAACGGGGAGGCGGACGUCAGCCGCGACCAGGUGCUGACGGGCCACAUGCGGCGGCUGGCGCUGGUCGUCACGCCGGGCCACCCGGACCUUAAGAUACCCAGCGUCUAUCACUACGAACACCCGUGGCCGAGUGCGCAGGCCGAGAUCACCGCCCUCAACGCCUACAAGACGGCGCGCGACAAGGUGGCCUGCGUGACACGCUGCUGCGCCACCAUCAUGAACUUGCUGCACAUCGCCAACGAGCGCUCGGUGCCGGCCGCCGACGACCUGAUCCCGGUGCUGGUGUUCGUGCUGAUCAAGGCGUGCCCCAGCUCGCUGCUCUCCACCAUCCAGUACGUCAACAGCUUUUACGGCGACCGGCUGGUAGGCGAGGACCAGUACUGGUGGACGCAGUUCUGUUCGGCCGCCGAGUUUAUCAAGACCAUGGACUACUGAGCGGCGGCGGCGGUCGGCGGGGUGCCGCACCCGGCGGGUUGUUGACGCCAUCCGCAGGCCCGGUGUCCCCUGCCCCUCCCCCGUGGACGGAGCCGUCCACCCCUCCUGACGUCGUCCCGUGGCCGGGAGCGACCGUCACCGUCCGUUGUGCCGCGCUGAGCUGAAGCUUGAGGCCACUGUAGCGACAUCCGGUGCCAUCGCGCUGCGGAGCUGACGUCACGCGUACGUCCUGCGCGCUGAUUGGCCGGAUGUGACGUCACGGGCCGGCGCGCUUGACGCCGUUUGGUCCGCGGCUGGUGUGGCGCCGGCCCUGCCUUGCGUGUUGGCGGCUGUGCGCGGUCCGCCCGGCCGUGUUGGACCGGGUACAAAUGCGCCUCGCACAGUUGGGGCGUGCUUGCCACUGGAGGGCGGCGUUGCGCGGCCGGUGGGGUGGCGCGUGCUCCCGGGACGCGGUCGAGCACGGGAAGCGGAGAGACGAACGGUGGUUAAUGCAAGCGGCCCGAGGCUAAAGUAUGUGCAUUGUUGGUCGGGAAGGCUGGAGCUCGCGUCUAACGCGCUGUUGGCUGGAGCAUAUCGGGCUUUUCGCUCUGGUACAUUCUCGUGUACGGUUUGUAU